AGUUCGCCUCGGUCGUCCGAUAGAAACGCUUUCCGAUAACAAAACGAAUCAAAUUCGAAAAUUCAUGUCAUUUCGCCGAAAUUAUCGUAUUUUUUAUGACGGUAAUCCGUAAUCGAAAACCCGCAUGGCAUAUAUCUUGAAAAACUAACCUACAAAUUAUUGAAUUUUACAAAAUAUUAUCGUUAUUUUGGAAAUCGAUUGAAAUAUUCCAUUUUAAAUAUGUUCGGCGUUUAAUCAUAUGUGAAAGUGUUGAAUUUAAAAUGGUUCUGUUAUGAGACGUUUGGUGGGUCUUAACAAAGUCGAAAAGCAUAAUAAUAAAAAAAGAAAGAAAUGAAUUCCAGUAACAUGGACGCGGAAAACCGCGUCGUUCUCAACGUCGGUGGUAUUCGACACGAAACGUACAAAGCGACGCUCAAGAAAAUACCUGCCACCAGACUUUCGAGGCUUACAGAAGCUCUAGGUAAUUACGACCCUAUACUCAACGAAUUCUUCUUCGAUAGACACCCAGGAGUUUUUGCACAAGUUUUGAAUUAUUAUCGAACGGGUAAAUUGCAUUAUCCAUCUGACGUUUGCGGACCGUUGUUCGAAGAAGAGUUAGAAUUUUGGGGGUUGGAUGCCAAUCAAGUAGAACCUUGUUGUUGGAUGACCUACACGCAGCACAGGGAUACCCAAGAAACUUUGGCGGUUUUAGAUAGGUUAGAUUUAGAUACAGAAAAACCUAGCGACGAAGAAAUAGCAAGAAAAUUCGGAUUCGAAGAAGAUUAUUAUAGAGGGACUUUAUCUUGGUGGCAGAUAGUUAAACCGAAAAUUUGGUCGUUAUUCGAUGAACCUUAUUCAUCUACAGCGGCAAAAGUGAUUGGAGUUGUGUCAGUAUUCUUCAUAUGCGUUUCUAUACUGUCGUUUUGUUUGAAAACUCACCCCGACAUGAAAGUACCGUCUAUUAGGUUGGUAAGCGUGCGUACACCAGAAAACGGUACCAACUAUUAUUUCGAUAAAGUCGAUACGGACGCGCACAUCGCUUUCUUUUACAUCGAAUGCAUUUGCAACGCUUGGUUCACUUUCGAAAUUUUUGUAAGAUUCAUAGCCAGUCCCAACAAAUGGGAGUUCAUCAACUCAUCUGUAAACAUCAUAGAUUACAUAGCAACCGCCAGCUUCUACAUCGACUUGGUGUUAAGACGUAUAGCUUCCCACGUGGACAAUGCAGACAUAAUGGAAUUUUUUUCCAUUAUUCGUAUAAUGAGAUUAUUUAAAUUAACUCGACAUUCUUCUGGUUUGAAGAUACUCAUACAAACUUUCCGAGCGUCAGCUAAAGAACUCACAUUGUUGGUGUUUUUUCUAGUAUUAGGAAUAGUGAUUUUCGCUAGUUUAGUUUAUUACGCCGAACGGAUCCAAACUAAUCCAGAUAAUGACUUCAAAAGCAUACCUUUGGGUUUAUGGUGGGCUUUGGUAACCAUGACCACGGUCGGUUAUGGAGAUAUGGUACCCAAAACUUACAUCGGAAUGUUUGUCGGUGCUUUGUGUGCCUUAGCUGGUGUAUUGACGAUUGCCCUUCCCGUACCAGUCAUCGUAUCAAAUUUCGCCAUGUACUACAGCCACACCCAGGCUCGAGCAAAACUCCCGAAAAAACGUCGAAGAGUUCUUCCCGUGGAACCGACGAGAGGUCCACGGUUACCAGGUCAACCUGGUGCUCCGGUAACAGCUGGUUCUAUUGGUCCAACAGCCAAAGAAAAAAAUCCUUCUCUUAAUACCGCCAAUAAUCCUAUGGAGAACAAAUUGGGAGCGCCGCUUCCAAAAAUGGGACUGAUAGGGGUGACUUCAUCCCUAAAUCCAAACGGGGUUGGACUCGAAUCAAAUCCAGCGUUUUUGAUGGGCAAACCAAAAUUUGAAAAUCCGCCAACUUCACAGCCGACCCAGGUGAAUCUAGCUCAAAGCUCGGGUCAGAUUUACACCACGACUGUGAAGUCAUCCACUUGAGGGAUGUAUCCAAAAAUUACGUUUAUUUAUAAAUCUUCUUUCUUUUCUUUCAACCGAAACGAAAAAAUGCUGAUAAGGUAUCAAUACCGAUAUAAAAACUUUUUCAAUACACCCCUGUAUUUAUUCCCGAUAAAAAAACGACAAACUACCUUAGUGUUGAUGAAAUUUCGCCAUUUUCACUUAUUUUUUUUUGAAUAUUCAUCUGAAAUUGAAUUUUUUUGACAUCCAUUUUUAGUAAUUUAACUUUUACGUCUUGUAUCUCAGAAACGUCUAGCAAUAAUUUAGUCAUAAUUUUUAUUAUCCUAUAUACAAAAUAUAUAUUUUAAAAUAUUCACACGAUUUCAAUUAUUUUGUGAAAUAUAAUUUUUCGAAAAUUGAUAAACAUAACCUCAAUGUUAUAUAAUUAUGUAAUUUGGAAUAAAUUUAACAGUUCCAACACUAAUUUGUUUUUUAAUAAAAUAAUUCAUCAAUACAUAUAAUAAUAAUAAUGUAUAUAGGGUGUCCCAAUUUAUAGAUAUCGUUAUAUUAUAAUAUAUAUUAUUAAAUGGCAACACUGCAUGAAAGUGUAAAUAAUUUGGGAAUAUUAAAUAUUGUUAUCAAUAACGUGAAGAAUAUACAGGGUGAAUUAACGUGAAGAACAUACAGGGUGAAUAUGAUUUAUAAGCUAAAAUUGUAGGCAAAAGGUUAGUCUUUAUUUGGACAAAACAAUAGACACUCUGUAUAUUAACUCAUAUCUAAAUUUAUUUUAUACUCCUAUAUAGGGUAUUUAAAAAGAUAUGAACAUUUUUAUAUAGAAAUCAUGCUACAAAGUACACUCUGUAUAUUAAUAAUGAGUAAAUAAAUUAUUAUUUAUUUUGGAUGAUCGGAUAUUGUUCAAGUUCUAAAUCAAUUGUAAUAGAAAUAAUCGAAGAACUUGUAUAUACAGGGUGGUCCAAAUAGUAAACAUGUUUUUCUUUAAUGAUUGUUUUUAUUUUUUUUUCAAAUUUGGGAACUAUAAAAUAUAUUUUUUAUUAACUUAGCUUCAAUUAUCAAUUUAAAAAAAAUCUGCCGAAUUUGACUAUCAGAAAUGCUUCAAAUUCAAAUUUGAACUAUAUAAUUCAAUCCAAAUUAGAGACAGUCUCUGUAUAUUAUUUUUCUUUGAACAUAAUGAUAUUUAUGGUGUAUGAAAUUAUUGUUUUUUUCUAUAAACGGAUUUUUUUAUAAGAAUAUGAACAAAAUUUCCUUUUUUACUUUUGUUCUUUCAAAAAAUAUCAAAAGUAUCUUCCAAAAAAUGAGAUAUAAAAAAAUUUCUUUCCAAUAUGUAAUUUCUAAUAAAAUUUGUGUGUGUGUGUGUGUGUCAACGGCUAGAAUUAGUCUUGAAUCGUCCGAAGCAUGCGCAUCACCUCUAUUGUAACUCAAAUUAUGUUCCAAGAAGAAUUUGAAUUAAUUUCGGUUCGUUCUUGCAUAGAAACAAUAUAAAAUUUAAAUAUAAGAUCUUCAAAUCAUAUAAGUAACCUUCACUUGUUCGAAAUUUUUUGUUGGAACGGAACCAGAAUAAGACUGAAUAUUUAGCAAAUAAUGAACGUUUUUCUUUGUGUCAUUACGUGUCGAAUCGAAAUAUUAACCCACCAUAUCAAUAAACAAUUUCAAAAUGAGAUGCAAAAGUACUUAAUGCCACAGAAAUCGAAAUGAAUUGAAUAAAAAAAAUUAUUUUUUCACGUCAAUAACUUAUCUUUAUACUGUAUAAAGCAUUUGAUAUAAAGACACCUCUAUAUUUUUAUACAGGGUGAUGUGUGGAGAGAUCCAAAAAAUUUUUUGUUUUAUCGUAACUUUUUAUUCGUUUUGUUAUUGCAGCCCAUAGAAAUCAAUUACAUACACCAAAAAAAUUAUUUUUUCACUUUAAUAACUUAUCUUUAUACAGUAUGUCGCAUUUAGUUGUAUUUCUAAUGAUUUUAAUGACAUUUGAAUAUAAAACAAAUAAAAUUAGCCAUAACAAGGGCUGUCAAAUAUAAUUAACUUUUAAAACGUCAUUAAUAAGGUUCUGUAAAUAUCUUUAAUACCUUUUUUUAAAUUUUAUAAUUAUAUUUUCAAAUUAGUGGAAUAUUGCCUGUAUAUAUUUAGUACAAGUUGUAUAUUGAAUUUAAUGACAUAAUAAUAUUCAGAAUCGACAUUUACUCAAUAUUUUGAUCUAAUUUCGGCGUUUAAAUUUAUUUUAUUUCAUUGAUGACUUCAUGAUCUAUUUUGUAAAUAAUGAUAUGAUUGUCCUAUGUAAAGGGCAACACAAUUAUUAUAGAAAAGCCUAAAAUAUAAAAGUCAGUUCAAUAAUUUGUAUGUAUUUACAUUGACAUUAGAAAUACUAUAACGUGAAGUUUGAGCUCGAAAUAAUAUUUGUUGACCCUGUAUAAUAAUUAAAUAAUGUUAAUUAUGCAGCUUUAAAUUUAAAAAUAUGAACUUAAAGAAAUGUGUUUGUUUUGUAUAAAAAUGCACAUAAUUAGAUUUGUAAAUAAAUAAAUUCUAAAUAUUUAACAUAUCUGUUAAUGUGAAUAAUAGAUAAAAGUAUACAUAUUUCCUGGUUAUGGACCAAAAGUUCAUUUACUCAUCUUAAUCAUAAUUGUGAUAUUAUUUUCGAUUUAAACUAAUAUCCCUUGUGUAAAUUGUUGAAUAGCAUAUUUUAUUUUUUCUACGACCAAAAAAUCCAAUUACAUUCAAACAAAAGAUGUGUAUAUCCAAAUAAAUUAAUUAUUAAUAUUUAUUGUACAUCGUGUCGAAAAAAGACCGCUUGUAUUAUUUUUGACACUUAAACAAAUAUCAAACAACCGAAUUUGAACAUUAAAGUGAUAGUUAUAGAAAAUAUCAUGUCUUGGUAGGCAAUAAUUAUGAAAUAUGAAAAUUAAGAUGCACCACUGCAUUAAAACCGGAUGUUCUAUCAUACAAAAUGGCCGUAACUGACAGCUUCCUGAUACUACACUAAUCAAAUAAACGCUUUUCUUUUAUGCCACUUCGUAUUAAAAAUAUUUUCAGAACAAAUUUUUUACUGUGUUGCGUGAUGGUUGAGGUUUUAUUAACGAUAUAUGGUCGUAGAAAAAUGAUAUAAUAUAAAGGUAAUUUUAAGCUAGACGAGAUUUGGGAACAAAAAACUAUUUUAUAAGAUUUAAAGAUAUCCAGUAAAAAUUCAAAUCAACAUAAAAGAAUAUGUUUUGCAAUAAAACAAUUUCUGAUUUAGAUUAAAAACGAACGUCCUCCACAUUAAAUGUUAAAUAAUUAUAUUUUGUAUAUCAAUCUAGAGUUGUUUUAAAAUUUCGUCUGGGCAAAAAUAAAUAAAAUACUUAAGCUAGAUUUUGCCUUUUCUCUAAUAAAUUAUUAUAUCUUAGAUAAGUAAAUACACAUAGUGAUCUUUCUAAGAAGGGACCUUGAGAUUUUUUAAAAUAUUUUUAUCAGGACCGAGAAAAACGUGAACGCUUUAUACUUAGAACCGAAAAAAGCUGUAGAAAUUAAUUUUUAAAAAAAGAAAUGUUACAUGUAGAUAGAUAUUCAUUACAAAGUACAAGGUGUUCAUUCAUUAAAAAAAAUUUACCUUUCCAUUAUACUUUUAACACUAUACACAUCACAAACUUGUUAUCCAUUAUUUUGGAUGAUUCGUUUCUGGAAAACAGGACCGAGGAUAAUACUUUCUUGAAGAACUGUUCAUGUGGUAUUAGUACUUUUCAAAUAAAAAUUUCAUCAACAGAACGAAAAAUAAAUCACUACCGAUUGUUAUAACUAUAACCUAAUAUAAUAAAUUUCACAUAUUCACAAUUUACUGCAGAAAAUAAUCAUCUUAGACUCAUUUUUUCUGAUGCCACCUUCUUUCUACUCGGUUCGCGCCAUAUCGUACAUAUGAUGUUUGCGGCGUUGCCGCAUUUAUUACAUUUCAUUUCAGAAACAUCUGAAAUACCUUGUACUUUUAUACACUAAUUUUCAAACAUAUAGUAGAUUUUUAGAAGUAUUUUUUGUUACGAUAUGAAACUAACGUUCGUUGCUCUAUUAUCAAAGUAUGAAGUGUGAUAUUUAAGUGAUACAUUUAGAUUUAGUAUAAGUAAAAAUCCAAUUUUUGUUGAAUUAUUUUUGAAUAAAAAAAAUUACGUCACUUUCAACAAUAUAUUCGUAAUAAAUUGACAAUAAAGACAACAAAAAUGAUCAAUUAAAACGGAUUCUAGUCUACACACAAUAGUAGUCACUGGGAACUUGAUGUAGAUUAUGUUAUUGUCCAUUUUUUCUUGAAAGUAUUGAUCGCCCCUCGUAUCAUAUCAUGUCGAAUUUUUUCAUUAGAUUAUCGAUUAUAUUGUAAACUGACGUAAUUUUAUUGUUAAUAAAAACAUAACCAAUAUUGAGUACUACCAAUUUUAAAUAAAUUCGUGUCAGUUAAUUGAUUGAAAUAAAUAAAUAUUAUCCAAA